UUCUCAAGAGGAAGUAUAGAUGGGUAGAGAGGAAAGGUGGGUGGGGGGAUGGACAGGCUACAAGUCACUAGAGUUUAGAUACAGUUAGUGAUCGACACGUUGAGAUGGAACGCACCUGUAUUCUACUCUUGCUGUUGAGUACACUGGUAUACUCUACCCUCGGACAAAGUGGAGAUAUCUCUCUUCCAGCCUCUCUGAGUGUCAGUCCUGACAGAUCUCAGUUCUUUGAAUAUGAGUCUGUUUCGCUGAGCUGUGAGGUUCAAGGGAACUCUACUGGAUGGAGAGUGGUGAGGAACUCAGAGAGAGGAAUCCUUUCAGAGUGUAAUACUGACUGGGGAAAACAACAAGGGUCUUCAUGCAAUGUGUCACUAAUACCAUCAGACAGUGGAGUGUACUGGUGUGUGUCUGGGUCUGGAGAACACAGCAAUGCUGUCAACAUCACAGUACCUGCUGGUGCUAUGAUCCUGGAGAGCCCUGCCCUUCCUGUGACUGAGGGAGAUUCUUUGACUCUGCGCUGCAGAUAUCCGGGAACUCCCUCUAACCUCACAGCUGAUUUCUACAAAGAUGGAUCCCUCAUCAGGACUGAGACUACAGGAGAGAUGACCAUCCCUGCAGUAUCCAAGUCAGAUGAAGGACUCUACAAGUGUACCAACUCUGAAGGAGAAUCACCAGAGAGCUGGAUGACUGUGACAGAUCUCUCUCUCUCAGAUCUCUCUCUUCCAGCCUCUCUGAGUGUCAGUCCUGACAGAUCUCAGUUCUUUGAAUAUGAGUCUGUCUCUCUGAGCUGUGAGGUUCAGGGGAACUCUACUGGAUGGAGAGUGGUGAGGAACUCAGAGAGAGGAAUCCUUUCAGAGUGUAAUACUGACUGGGGAAAACAACAAGGGUCUUCAUGCAAUGUGUCACUAAUACCAUCAGACAGUGGAGUGUACUGGUGUGUGUCUGGGUCUGGAGAACACAGCAAUGCUGUCAACAUCACAGUACAUGCUGGUGCUGUGAUCCUGGAGAGCCCUGCCCUUCCUGUGACUGAGGGAGAUUCUGUGACUCUGCGCUGCAGAUAUCAGGGAACUCCCUCUGACCUCACAACUGAUUUCUACAAAGAUGGAUCCCUCAUCAGGGCUGAGACUACAGGAGAGAUGACCAUCCCUGCAGUAUCCAAGUCAGAUGAAGGACUCUACAAGUGUACCAACUCUGAAGGAGAAUCACCAGAGAGCUGGAUGACUGUGACAGAUCUCUCUCUUCCAGCCUCUCUGAGUGUCAGUCCUGACAGAUAUCAGUUCUUUGAAUAUGAGUCUGUCUCUCUGAGCUGUGAGGUUCAGGGGAACUCUACUGGAUGGAGAGUGGUGAGGAACUCAGAGAGAGGAAUCCUUUCAGAGUGUAAUACUGACUGGGGAAAACAACAAGGGUCUUCAUGCAAUGUGUCACUAAAACCAUCAGACAGUGGAGUGUACUGGUGUGAGUCUGGUUCUGGAGAACACAGCAAUGCUGUCAACAUCACAGUACAUGCUCCCAUUCCAUCUCCAGCAGUCCCAGUGUUGUCCAUGUCUCUACCCAGGCUGCUGUGUAGUCUACUGGUGGGGUCUCCCUACCUGCUGGUGACCAUCAUACUGCUGGUGAAAUACUGCAGGAGCAGGGCUCAAGGGGGAACCAGGAAGACCCACCAAGACCAAUUAGGUGAUCAUGUUGAAGAAGAGUGAGGCUGAGAUCACCUGAUCACCAUAACAACCAUCAGAAUGGAACUCAUGGAAUUCUAAUAUAGAACUGUGAGUCACAAUGCUGUAUGUUGUUACAUUGUAGCUCCACCUGCUGGAACAAUAGUGGCAUUUGAUCAAAUGUGAUCUAUUAACUGAUACAUGUAUUAUUCUGAUUGGAAUGUGUUUUAAUAUAAUGUGUGUUGUAUUAUUCAUUCAGCAGCUGUCCUUUAACAUCAGUCAUAUACUGGUCAUAUACUGUAUAGCAUUAUGGUUGAUACAUUGUAAAUGCCUUCACUUUUCAUGUCUAUACAGAUAAACUGAUAGGUGUUGUGGUUCAGGCAUUAUUGUUACAGGUUCAGUAUAAUGUUAAACCGUUAUAUGUUACAGAAAUAGAAAACAUACAGGAGAGGAGAAUUCAAUUACUAUCAUUAUUUACUUUAUUUUCCCAUUUUGGUCUCUAUAGUUGUUCAUCAUUAUUUGAUUUAAACAUGAAACUAAUGUAGUCCUUUUGUUUUAUUCUGGUUUUGUGCAAAACCAUAAUUUUACUGUUAAUCUUCCUGGUAAGAUAUUGCUUUUGUCUUUGUAGCAUAUAGAAUGAAAUAAAUGAUUU